AUGGCUGGGUGGUCAGUACAGAAAUUAGAGCUCGAUGCUCCCUCCCUCGAAGAUCUUAUCUCACCAAUAUCCACGGGCCUCUCCUCCAACUUCCAGGACUCAUCCGUAGCCGUUGUUUCGUGCCCUGACCUCCGCCAAGCACCCUACAACCUCGCAGCUCCUGGCCUAUGUGGAAAGCCACGGAUCGCAGACGUUGGCGGGCCCGCAAACCUCGCCCCAAGCCCGAAACUUGAUCGCAAAUACUCGUUCAUCGAUAUGGUGCGCUUGAUGGAGAUGGGGCAUAGUGGGGCUGUAAUUGGGGCAUCUGCGGGGCCCUUCCACAUUGUCGGGGUCAAUUCCGAGCUCAUGCCAAAUUGGAGUUACGAGGAGGAUGCAGUUGUUAAUCGGACGCAUUAUGCGAAGAUCGAUGAGGAGGGAGGAUGUCUUUGUGAAAGACUGAAUUCCGAGGAUUUUGGUUUGAUGGCCAAUUUAUUUGGAAGUGAAGGGAGUCCGGGGAGGGUGCUCAAGAUUACGGCCAAGAUACGGACUGGGGAUGACAAUUUCACGAGUACGAUACAAAAGGCAUUGAAAGCUAGGUUUGGUGAUCGCGUUGUCAGUCUCGGCGGGGUCUUCGUGAUCAAGAAGGGCAAGGCGAAUCUUCAUGUCAUGCCUGACUUCAGUCGCACUCCUCUGAAGUCCAGAGAUGAAGUAGAGAAAUGGCUACGAUACUUUGACAUGUCAGCACCUCUUGUCUGUCUUUCAGUUUUCCAUUCCCAUGAUCCAGGACUGGACCUUCGGAUGGAACAUACACAUUGCUUCUCUGAUCACAAUGAAGGGGGGCAUUAUCAUGAUGAUAUCACUCCUGCCGAUGUAGAAUAUGAAGCUUACUUCAACGUGGCGGAUGUCUUAUAUCGAAUUGACAGACCAGAGAAUUGA